GAGGAGGUGGAGGAGGAGAUAACAGUCAAAGAGGAGGUGGAGGAGAGAGGAGUCAAAGAGGAAGAGGAGAACAGGGAUGUGUCUGCUCCAGAUCUAGAGGAAGAGGAGGAAGAAGUAGAUUGUAUCACUGAUCCAGGUUCAGACAGUGAGCCCAGUUCCACAGCAUCAGGAAACCAUAAACAACACAGACAGAGGAACUCAAGACAGAAACAUCACCACUACAUGGACUGCUUAACUAGUUUCUAUGAGCCAGAGGAGUUGAGAAGGCACACUUGUGGGCCCCACCACUGCUCAGAUUGCAGAGGCAGUUUUAUUUGUCAAAUUCACCUGAAAUCACACCAACAGACUCUCAAAAGAAAGAAAACGUACCCGUGUGGUCAAUGUGGGAAGAGAUUUCAGACACCAAGCAGCUUGAAGAAGCACCAGCUUACUCACACAGGAAAUAAGUUGUACCACUGCUUUCAGUGUAGGAAGAGGUUCCUUCGGGUAGACACCUUAAAGUCUCACCAGAGAAUACACACAGGGGAGAAGCCUUUUCACUGCUCCCAGUGUGGGAAGACUUUUGGUUCGUCGUUCAAUUUGAAGCGACACCAGAGAAUACACACAGGGGAGAAGCCUUUCCACUGCUCCCAAUGUGGGAAGAGCUUCAUUGAUGAAGAAAGUCGAAAUAAACACCAGAGAAUACACACAAGAGAUAAAACUUUCCACUGCUCUGAGUGUGGAAAGAGCUUCAGUAAAGGAGGAAAUCUAAAGGAACAUCAGAAAAUACACACAGGGGAGAAGCCAUACAGCUGUGAUCAGUGUGGGAAGAGUUUUAGUCAAACAGGAGUCCUAAAGAGACAUCAGCUAACUCACACAGGAGAAAAGCCUUUCAACUGCUUCCAGUGUGGGAAGGGUUUCAGUCAGUCAUCACUUCUGAAGCGACACCAGCUAACGCACACAGGAAAGAAGCCUCACCACUGCUCUCAUUGUGGAAAGAGUUUUAAAUUGGAAGGAAGUCUUCAGAGUCAUCAGAGAAUACACAGUGGAGAGAAGCCCCACCACUGCUCCCAAUGUGGGAAGAGCUUCAGUAAGGAAGGAAGUCUAAAGCAACACCAGAGAAUACACACAGGAGAGAAGCCUUUCCAUUGCUCCCAAUGUGGAAAAAGCUUCAGUUGGGUAAGAGACCUAAAGAAACAUCAGAGAGUACACAAAGAGGAGAGGCCUUUCCACUGCUCCCAAUGUGGGAAGAGCUUCAAUGAGAAAGGAAAUCUAAAGCAACACCAGAGAAAACACUCAGGAGAGAAACCAUACAGCUGUGAUCAGUGUGGGAAUUGUUUUAAAUGGAAACAAAGCCUGAAGGAACAUCAGAAGGCAAAGCACAGUGCAGUGCCCGACCAUGGCCUUAUAAUUGUGUUGCCAAGCUGGGCAACUACAUAUCUAAUUAAUAUUGACACUAACCAGGUUUCCAUCCAACCUUUAUAGGCGAGUAAAGUACCUUGGUUAAAAUUUUUUAGAUGAUUUGUAUUUCUUACAUCAAAACAUAAAUGGAAAAGUAGCUUUUAUGUGCACUACAUCAUCACGCAAUGUUU